AUGGCUGCUGAGCUGGAGCCUUUGAUGGCGGAGUGGCGGGUACCUGAGGAGGCUGAAGAUACCCCAGGGCAGGCCGCAUCUUGGAAUAAGACUGAAGACUUGCUGGAGAUAGUGAAAAAGCUACAGGAAGAGGGGAGCCUGGAACCCCAGAUUGAGGACCUGAUUCAUCGAAUUAAUGACCUGCAGCAAGGCCCAGCAAAGAAGAGGUCCAGUGAGGAACUGGGAGAGGCUCAAGCACUCCAGGAGGCCAUGCGUCAGGAACUAGAUUCCUUGAAUGAAGAGAAAACACACCUCGAGGAGGUCUUGUGCAAAAAGCAAGAGGCUCUGUUGAUCCUCCAGCAGCAUUGGCAAGAGAGGGACUGUGAGGCUUGCUGGUUUAAUGGUGAACUACUGAAGGAGGGGCUGGCGGAUCUGACAAGUCAGCACAAGGACCUCUGGGAGUUCCAUGUCCUGCAGCAGCGACUGGCCCAGGAGAUCAGCGCAAUGGAGCACAGCAAAGAUCAGCUGCUGGUGGAGAGGACUUUGCUGCAUACCAGGCUGAAGGAGGUGGAGCAGAAGCUGCACAAGGCCAGGGAGGUCCAGAGCACCCCAGGGAACUGUGGGCUGAAGACAGAGCUGGAGAAAUUAGGAGAGCAGACCCAGAGCAUCCCAGAAGCCCAGAAUGAUAGAGGAGAGGCUGGUCAAGAGGAGCAGCAUUAUUUGGAGCCAUUGGUAGAGAUACCAAGGACAGAAAUGCCAUGUUAA